GAAUUACAACAACUAAUGAUAUCGCUGGUCAACGAAAAGCAAGACUCUAGGAUACAUGUACCUAAUGGUAGUGAAGGUAACACUAGGAUGUUGACACCAUCACUUGUUCACGAUGGAAGUGAAGCGAGCGAGAGCUCGUUAGAAGACGAGGGAAACGCGUUUGGUGAAGAGAGUGGUCACGUGACGUCGUUGUCGCCCGUUGAGUUUCGAGAACGUCAAAUAGUUGACUUGUUGCAAGAGCUGGGACGCUCUUCUAGGCCGUCGGGAAAUAUUUAUACGUAUGAUGCAUCGGUGGGACGAGUGACGUUCUUUCCGUUUACUGGCAGUUGUGGUAAAGAAGUUCUCGUAUUGUAACUUAUAAUGUAUUGGAAAGUCUAAAAUUGUUACCAAAUGCAUACCAAACAUGUUUACCGCAUGCA